ACGUUUGUAUAUCCACUCCGAUCGCAUAGAAGCCGUAAACAUGAUGCUGCGACAAUUUUUCUUUCUUGUUAUUUCGAGCACCUUUUCCUUGGGAUAUAAAAGUUUCCAGAAUAGGUUACCGAAUGGUGAUUCGGUACCCCACCCUUGUAAACCUAAUUUCUUGUGGCAGGGUGUAGGACAUGAAAACGAACUUGGUGGUGGAUCCAGAAAUGCUUUCGGGAAGGAUUUCACUGCAGCUGGAAUGAAAUGGAAUAAAGAACUUUGUAUGAAAGAUUCAGAUGGAGACGGGAGAACAAACGGGCAGGAACUGGGUGAUCCCAACUGUAUCUGGGAGGAAAAUUCAAUUCCUGAGACAGACCAGGGAAUUUCACAUCCAGGGGUGUGCGAGCCUUACGAUAGCGAGUUAUGUCGUCCCAAAAACACCAAGCUGAACUGUGAGUUGGAGAGUUUCAAGUGUGAUGCCAUAAAGAGUUCAGAUGUGAAAAAUAUCACUAUCAGACUUCCGAAAACAUCGGUUCCUGAUGCAGAGACGAACUAUUUUUGUAUGACCUUUGACCUUCCGACAGAUGGCGACUACCACAUCAUUGCAACGACUCCAGUCAUUGACAACGCGAACAUAAUGCACCACAUACUGCUUUAUGGUUGUGAUGCAGAUAAACAAGCAAUGUUCACUGAACCACAGCCAUGUCAGAUGGGUUCAUCGAGCUGCACCACAUUGUUUGGGACAUGGGGUGUUGGAGCUCCUGGACAAUGCAUUUACAAGGACGCAGGAUUUCGAAUAGGAGCAAAAGGAAUCAAAAGAGUCAUGAUGCAGAUGCAUUGGAACAAUCCUGAACUACGAGCAGACUACACAGAUAGCUCAGGAAUGACUUUGUACUAUACCCCCAAUCUCCGCCCUAAUGAUGCUGUCAUAUUAAUGGUGGGACAAGUUCAUCUUGAGAUACCCCCAGGGAGUAAACGCUACACAGCAUCCUCAGUGUGCGACAAAGAGGACACACAAGAGAUGUUGACGGGGCCGAUCAACAUCGUACGGGGAUUAAAUCAUAUGCAUUACCUAGGUCGUGAACAAUACAUAGAACUUUUCCGUGAUGGAGUAAAGAUCCAUUCCAUCACAAACGAAUCAACGUACAGCUACGACAGACCAACAUUUCAUCCCUUACCCGAACCCCUAAAGGUUCAACCAGGUGAUGAAAUAAAAACUACAUGUGUAUUCAAGGCCACGAACAAGAAAAAGACCACGUUCGUGGGUCGUGGGACAAACGAAGAGAUGUGUUUCGGUUUCUUGGAAGUAUACCCCGCCAAAAACCUCCGUUCCAGAGCAUGCGUCAACUGGCGUAACCUUUCCAUGGCAAAGCUCAGUAAGAAAAACCCGUAUGGUUGUAACCUAGACGCUUUCUUCAACUUCACAGAGCCGCACUUUCUAAAGGUGGAGGAAAAUUGCCAACCAUUGUCCAAGUGUUUGAAAGAGUGCAAGGAAGUUGUCAAAGAAAUUAGGGAACAUCCAUGUAUGGAAGGAGAUAUGGAGGAAUACACCAGAGCCAAGGCGAGGGACAAAUUCGCAUGGUACAGCUAUGAUGCUCUUAAUUUUAUGUCUAGGAUUCAGUCAUGUGACAUGGAGUUUUUGAAAGAUGACCAACAGUUACUAUAUCAGAAGAUGGUCAGUGAGAACGGUAGUGGUGCAGGCAAGCUUCAGAUGAAACUCCUUAACCUCACUUCAUCGUUUUUAUUUGUUGCUUUUAUGUACAUGCAUUUGUGUUAGUUGUGUUUUAGUUGAGAUAUAAAAUUGAGUGAUAUUCGUGAAUGUUAAUGUUUAUAGAAUUAAUAUGUAGAUCUACAUGUAAAUUUUUGAAAAAUUCAUAAUUGGUAAUCAUAUUUAUAUCAAUAAAACAUUACUCACAAUGUUUUAGUUACGUACAUCACAUGUACAGUGUAUAUAACUAUGAAUUGCCAUAUUACCAGUAUAUAUGUAUUUCAUUUUUUAAUUUGUAAGGAUAUUUCACUUAAACCUGAUAUCAUUGAGAAGGCUAUGCCUCAUUCUAAAAUCUCUUAGCUACUACCUUGUCUAACAAUAUUCGUAUGUAUUGUUUUGAUUAUAUUUUACAACUUUACUAAUGCAAUAAAAGUACGAAACUUUG